AUGUCGGAAGAAGGUAAACCUAGUUCCAAAGAUAGUGACGGUGGUUCUAGUUGGGGAUAUCAUUUAAACUCGUCCCUCGUUCUUAGCCUCAUGAAAUUGGAUGGGUCGAACUAUCUUGCAUGGUCGCAAGCUUGUUUACUUUCGAUUCAAGCCAAUAGAAAGCAUAAAUUCAUUAAUGGGACGUCUAAGAAACCCAAGGAUGAUGAUCCUAGAUUGGAUGAUUGGGAAUCGGACAAUGCCAGGGUGAAAACGUGGCUCUUUAAUUCAAUGGAACCAAAUAUUAAGAAGAGCUAUCUAUUUCUUGCCAGUUCUCAAGAAAUUUAG